GGGUAUUACGGAGAAAGACUUGAACGCAGAAAUCUAGUUUAUCCAAAAGUCUCCAGGCCAGGGAAUGAUGACUCCGUCACAGUACAAGCUCACAACUUCUCCAACAAUCCCUUCCUAUUUACCAUUUUGCCACCCAUCUCGAUAUCUUCCUCUGCCUUGUCACAAGAAGCCGAAUCUCGUUUCGAGUUUCCGAGAAAAACCCAGAUUCUUACCUUCCGUCGGGUGCCUUGCAUCAUCUUCUCCAAUGGCUACUCCGACACAGAGCAGCGAAACCAAACCUUUCUCUGUCCUUUUCGUCUGUCUGGGUAACAUUUGUCGGAGCCCAGCAGCUGAAGGCGUCUUCAGAGAUAUCGUCAAAAAGAGAGGCCUCGACUCCAAAUUCACCAUUGAUUCCGCCGGAACCAUCGAUUAUCACGAGGGGAAUAUGGCAGAUCCAAGAAUGAGAAGUGCUGCGAAACGCCGUGGAGUUGAGAUAACAUCAUUAUCUAGACCAAUAAAGGCAUCUGAUUUCAGGGAGUUUGAUCUCAUUCUCGCUAUGGAUGAGCAGAACAGAGAGGACAUAUUGAAGGCUUACAAUGUGUGGAAAGCCAGAGGCAAUUUCCCACCUGAUGCUGAUAAAAAGGUAAACGUUGCUGUUUGUUGUUUGCUCACCAUUUUCAGGAGAGAUUAUAAACUCACACUUCCUUGGAUUUUGCAGGUGAAGCUCAUGUGUUCGUAUUGCAAGAAACACAAUGACAAGGUAGUGCCGGACCCGUAUUAUGGUGGAGCUCAAGGUUUUGAGAAGGUAUUGGACUUGCUUGAAGAUGCAUGUGAGUCGUUGCUGGACAGUAUAACGGCGGAAAUUUGACAUUGCAAUGAUUCCAGACACAAACUCUAUGUGUCUGAUUGAAACUGAUGUUAUUGCAUUUAUAAGACAUCUUCAGUUAUGUCAAACAGCGUUAGAAAUGGUGUGAAGCUCGAAUCUUGUUGAUGUUUUCUUUAAGAAUACCUUAUUAAGCUUA